AGAAGCAAAGUAUGAGCUAUAAGGUGCUACAUAUUUCAGGACGAUGUUAUUAUUGAUCAAAUCACCUUCAAUGAGAUUCCCUUGAACCCAAUUCCAAUCUGUGCUGCUUGGACACCUGUAGUGCCUUGGACCAAAGGGUACAUUGCAAGCUCGGUCCUUCUCCCCCGGGCCGCUCUCUCACGCUUUCACCAACGCGCCCCCAUCCUCCUCUUCGCGCCCCAGCAAUUGUUUCUUGUUUGAAUACUUCCGGACAGAACCCAUCUUUCGUGACCCAGCACCAUCCUCAAAGCUCCUGUUUUCUCACCAUUUUUGAAACUCAUAGCGACUGUCGAAGGUUGACCGUGAAAGCAUCACCAAUGGAUCCCCAACCGGCGCAACAGCCCGUCGAGGCCGCUCCAAAUGGCCAUGAAGCUCCAGGACCGGUCGCGCUCACCAAGACUCGUACUGAGAGCUUCUCCGCGAAGUCGGAAAACUCUCAGACUGCCGCAGACUUCAUCCGCGACCAAAUGCAACUAGAGGCCGACGCGCGCGAAGCUCUUCCAUACAGCAUCGAAACCUGCACCAAGCCUCUCGGUCCCCUCCGCCAGGCCGUCUUCUCCUGUCUGACCUGCAACCCACCACCCGCCGACCCGAAAGCGCCCUACAACGCGGCCGGCAUCUGCUACUCCUGCUCCGUCCAGUGUCACGGCGAGCACACCCUCGUCGAGAUCUUCGCCAAGCGCAACUUUACCUGCGACUGCGGUACCACACGCUUCCCACCCACGAGCCCGUGCAACCUGCGCAUCAAUGAGGAGACGGGCACCAAGGGCGACGUGCACUCGGAGGAACCAGAUGCCAACAACAAGUACAACCAUAACUUCCGGAAUCGGUUCUGCGGCUGCGAGUGCGAUUAUGACCCGUUUGAGCAGAAGGGGACCAUGUUUCAAUGUCUGGGACUAGGUACGGCAGAAACAGGCGGUUGUGGAGAGGAUUGGUACCAUCCUGGGUGCAUCGUGGGUUUGGGUCCAGAUUGGUUUGAGAAGAUGGACAUCAAGGAUAAGCCCAAGUCUGCGGCGCUGAAGACGGCGAUCAAGACCGAAAAUGGGUCCUUACCUACAAUCGCGGAAGACGAGACAACAGAACAGAACGGCGCCCUUGUUGAAGAGGCAGAGGAAGAAGACGAAGACGACGAUCCACCUCCACCGCCUGGCUUCCCUGCCGAUGACGACUUUGAGGGAUUCAUCUGCUACAAGUGCGUCGAGGCGUACCCCUGGAUCAAGAGAUAUGCGGGUACUGAAGGAUUCCUACCGCCUGUCUAUCUGAAGAAGGAGGAGGAGCAAACCACUAGUACCACCUCGGAACUCGAAGUCAACGGCGAUUCCUCAUCCAAGAAGCGCAAAGCAUCUGACGACGAUAACGAAGACAUCGAGGAAUCCCAAGAAAAGAAGCCCAAAACCGAUGAAACCGUCCAGUCAACGACUACCGCCAUCACUACAACCGAGUCCCUCACAACCAACGGCUCUUCCACCACCACCACCACCAUCAACACAACAACCCUCACCACCAUAGACUCGUCCUCCUCCACCACAACCCCCCACCCCAACCCCAACCCCAAACCCUGCCUCCUCUCCUCCCUCCCCCCACCACCUUUCUCCUCCCAAAAGUCCCUCUUCUCCCUCUUCUUCACCACCCCCUCCUUCCGUUCCCUCCUCUGCCACUGCCCCCAAUGCUUCCCUCUCCUCAUCCCACACCCCCACCUCCUCGAAGAAGAAGACACCUACGAACCCCCCGUUUCCGAAACAACCUCCCCCUCCCAUUCUCUACACGGCGGAAGCAGCAGCAAGGGGUCGGGAUCGGUUCUCGAAAGAGGCGAGUCGGCUCUGCGCAACAUUGAUCGGGUGCGAGCCAUUGAGGGCGUCAUGGCGUAUAACCACCUCAAAGAUAAGUUGAAGCCGUUUUUCAGAGAGUUUGCAGAGAGUGGGAGGGCGGUUAGUGCGGAGGAUAUCAAGGCGUAUUUUGCAAAGUUGAGGGGGGAUGGGGAGGUUAGAAGGGGUAGUCAAGGAGAGAUGCAAGAGGAAGAAGAGGAGGGGGUGAAUGGUGGUGAUGGGAGGAAGGAACAGGAUGGGUAUUGAUUAAGGUUUUGAUGGAGUGUUUAAGUAAUAUGUAAUGGGCGGAUUGUGGUUGAUUGAUCGAUUGAUUUAUCGAUUGAUUGAUGAUACCGAAACAAGAGGGCAAUGGUGUUUAGGGAGUUUUGUGGGUUUGGUUGGUUUGUCUGUCUAGUUCAGUUGACAAUGUCUAAGGGGUAGUCACUUUGAGGCACAAGUCAAG